GCGGCGGGGUUCUCCUCCCCGCGACGCCCAGCGCCGCCAUGACGCACCGCCAGCCCGACCGCAGCCCUUACUACUUCUUCGUGCGCGACCAGCUGCCCGAGCUGCAGCGGCGCGGGCUGCCGCUGACCGGCGUGGUUGACGCCGUCCCUUACUGCUCCCAGGCGUGGGCGUUGCUGACUAAGGAAGAAAAGACUAUAUAUAAAGAGAAGGCUUAUAAGUGGAAUGAAAAGAAACACUCUCAGAAGGCAGUGGAAGAGACACGUAAUCUGGCUCAAUCAGUUCCUGCUUGUCUGACCACGAAGAUGCCUAGUGUUGCUUCUCUUCCAGAUGCCUCUGCUAUGUCUUGGAAGAAUGAUCAGGCUGUGAUUGCAGACAUUUUCUACUUCCUGAACAUUUACAGCCAUGGCAAGCUGCCAUCCCACUGUGAACAGCGCUUCCUUCCUUGCGAGAUUGGGUGUGUCAAGUACUCCCUACAGGAUGGCAUAAUGGCUGAGUUCCAUCGCUUCAUAGAUCCAGAAGUACCACCACGUGGUUUUCGGUACCACUGCCAGGCUGCUAGUGAUGCCACUCAUAAGAUCCCUAUAUCUGGAUUUCAUCUUUCACGUAGUGGCUAUGCAGUUGUCUUACAGGAACUUCUUGAGUUUGUCCAGCCAGCCAGAGGCGUCUGUCCUCUCUUCUACUGCAGGUCUAAUGACAGAUUCCGAAUUAACUGGUGUCUCAGUCGAAUGGCUAGCGUAACAGGCAUUGAGAGCCAUCUGGAGCUCCUUGCUGUAGAAGACCUGGUAGUAGAACUGUACCGGAAGAAAUACCAAAAGGAGCCAUCCAAGACUUGGGUGUGUAGAGAAUUGGAUGUCUUCCUGUGGGAUUUCUCCAGUAAUACCAGGUGCAAGUGGCAUGAAGAGAAUGAUAUAAUCUGCUGUGCUUUAGCCUCCUGUAAGAAAAUUGCUUAUUGCAUCAGUAAGUCUUUAGCUAGUGUGUAUGGAGUCUCACUGACAGCAGCUCACCUUCCUCUUCAAGACUCUGAUUAUGGUGAAAGCACAAAUACCAAGAUGGUGGUACUGGAUGCUGGACGUUUUCAGAAAAUGAAGGCUCAGGGUUCUGGAUGUGACAGACAUUUCACUUCUCCAAGUCAGGAUCAAGAGCUUGUCCCUUCUAAUUGUGAUUCUCGAUGUGGUGUGAAGACUUCCCUUUAUGGAACAAGUACCAUGCGAGGAAGAGGAAUUACUCGAUUGCUGGAAAGUGCAUCUGAUCUAUCCAAGUCUUUCAGUAAUUGAAUUUUUUUUUUUUUUUUUUUUUUUUUUUACAUCCAGGACAGCUGUAAAUUCUAAUUGUUUCCCUAAAAUAACCAGCAGUUUCUCCAGACUGCAAUUCUCCAUCUUAUGUGCAACCCUCCACAGUUCAAAUUCUUCUUAGAAUGAUAAAACUAUUGACUGGAUUUAAAGAAGAUGAAAAUCUUGUUUAUUAUCUACAGGAAGGCUUAUUUUGAAGGGACCUGACGGUUGCAUCCUCUCUUUAAAUACAUGCCAUACUAAUUCUGCUUCCUAAUGGAUGGAGUGCAAAUUCAAGAUCUGUUAGUCAAUAUCAUUGGAUUAGAGGAAUUCUUUAGUGGCCAAUGUGACUUCAAACAAGUGCUUUUUUCUUUAAUAACUUCCUUCUCUUCUGCAUGUGGAAGAUAAAAUUUCAGUGUAGAACACCCUUUCAUCAAAAAAUGAUGGGGGGAGGGGGAAAAUCACUGAAGGUAUGAAGGGCUGCACUAGGAGAAUUAAAGGUAUAACAGUCUUGAAGGUUUGCUAUGAAUUUGUAGUUCUAGCCAUGAAGAAUUUGAGUUGUCAUUCAAGGCAAAAAAGCAGAGUUUCUAUGGAAUGUCUUGGAAGAAAUGUGGUAAAUUUAUUCAUCUAUUAGUGUUCUUGUAGAGGCACAGACUAUAUACAUGAGGAACAAGUACAACAUAGAUAUUUUUCUAAUUUGCAUCAGUUUUCUGUUUAAAAAAAUUGCACGUCCCUCAGACUUACAGACUUAAGAGUGUAGGUGUUACGUGUUUUUUUGAAAGGAAUAUAAAAUUCAAACAUAAAUUAAUCUGCAAAUAGAAUUUCACAAGUUUAGUCAGGCUGAGUAGACACCAGUCAUAAUUAUUUGAGGGCAAACAAGUAAAAACUGUGAGACUGUCUGAUGUGUCACUAGGAAGUUAGAUGUUCUGUUUUAUGGAGGUACAAGUCUUGGACUUGUCCCCAGAAAGUUGUCUUUUGUCUGAGCCUCAUCCUUAGUCCAUAUGUCUUUAAGCAACUGGUUCUUAGAAAUAAGAGCUUAUUUGUUUGAGUUGUUUCUAUGUUUUGUUUCAGCAGAGGUCCAGUUGUGAAAUACUAUUUCCAUAGCAACUAACUGUGAGAAGAUACUUAUUUCAUUCCUUGUAGGAACUGAAACUCAAAAUUAGGCAGUUCAUUCUUUUGGGUAAUAGGGGGGGAAAAAAAAAGCCAAACCAACCAACCAACCAAACCCAUAAACCCAGCCAAAA